CGCAAAGUCCAAUAAAUAUUCGGGAAAAUAAGAAUGUUUUUAGGUUUAUAGAGUUGAUUCUGUCGGGUGCACAGGCCCAAAAUGAGAAGCGAUAAAUAUGUACUAAAAUACGGAGAAGCGAUAUAUAUUUUAAAAUAUUAAACUUGUCUCAUUUCCAUAAAUUCUAUUUUGCAAACUUCAGUUUUAGCGAUGAUGCCUGGCUAGUUAGCGCGAUGGCUAUGCUAAGCUAGCUACGUAGCUAUUGUUGGGGAAGCUUGGCUGACUACGAGCGUUAACGUUACUCGAAAAGGAUCAAAGUUCAUGUUCUCGAAUGCUAUUGCAUUUUUUGUUGUUGACCUGGUGGUAUUCUGCGUACUGAAAGCGACACUAUGUUGCUAAGUAAUUAUGUGAUUAGUUAACUGAGGCAGUGGGUUAGCAAAUAGCUAUCUAUCAUUCAAAGUAUCCACAUUGUGAGAGAACAAUCCAUUUGAUUAUCGCUCACUUGAAAUGUCUGAUUUGACUUGUUUCAAUGCUGGCCUGAUCAUCAGAGGUCUCCUUGUUUACAACCACCAAAAAAACUACUGUCACUGAUAUAAAUGUUUACGUCGGCGUUAGCCAACGAGGAGCCAGUACCCUCCGUUGGGAGUACGAGCCCAGGAGGUUCAGCAGAGGACCAUGAGUUUGAUCUUUCAGCAGAUAUGCUCGUCCACGACUUUGACGACGAACGCACACUGGAAGAGGAGGAGAGGCUCGAGGGAGAGACCAACUUUAGCAAUGAGAUCGACGACCUUGCCCGGGAGGGAGAGAUGCCCAUUCAUGAGUUGUUGAGUAUGUACGGAUGUGGCGGCGGUUCACCUGCAGAUGGAGAGGAUGAAGAAGAGGAGGAGGAAGACUUUGAGGAUGAAGAGGAGUUGGAGGAUGAGGAAGAGGAGGAAGAGGAGGAUGUGGACAAUGAUGAAAGCAGUAGAAACACUGGCGAGCUGAAGAGGAAUAAGACCGAGAGGGUGAAGAUCUCGUCAGGAAUGGGGAACGAGAACCAGUUGUCCAGCGAGGGUCGCACGCGCUCCGUCAAAUCCCACGGCACGGCAGAGCUGAUACGCGGAUCACAGACCCUCAAAUACUUCGAAAAUAAGGAUGCCGAGGAAGAGUCAGAAGAAGAUGAAAAUUAUGUCCCUUCUGAGGAUUGGAAAAAGGAAAUCAUGGUUGGGUCCAUGUAUCAGGCUGAAACACCGCCUGGUCUUUGUAAAUAUAAAGACUAUGAGAAAGUAUAUGAAAACGAUGACCAGCUUUUAUGGGACCCCGAGUUCCUUCCCGAGGGCAAGGUUGUGGAGUUUUUAUCUCAGGCGUCAAAACGAACAGGAGAGGAGAAAGGAGUGGAUGCCAUCCCUGAGGGAUCCCAUAUCAAAGACAAUGAGCAGGCACUUUAUGAGUUGGUCAGGUGUGAAUUUGACACAGAGGAAGCUUUAAGAAGACUGAAGUUUAAUGUGAAGGCAGCUAGAGAAGAGCUGUCUGUGUGGACAGAAGACGAAUGUAGAUAUUUUGAGCAAGGACUAAAAGGUUAUGGGAAAGACUUUCAUUCAAUACAAGCCAACAAGGUGAGAACUAGGUCAGUAGGAGAAUGUGUGGCCUUUUAUUACAUGUGGAAGAAGUCUGAGCGUUAUGAUUUCUUUGCACAGCAAACCAGGCUAGGGAAAAGGAAAUACAACCUGCACCCCGGGGUCACGGACUACAUGGACCGGCUGCUGGACGAGACGGAGAGCGCCACGUCCAGCCGGGCGGCCUCGCCCCCUCCCACCACCUCCAACAGCAGCACCAGCCACUCUGAGAGGGAGGACGGAAGUAGCAGCCACAAUGGUUUAGUGAGUCACAACAAGGGCUCGGGAGAAGCUUCCCAGUCAUCCACGGUGGCGAACGAAGUCAAAGCAGAAUCAGUCCAGUUCAACGGGCUCACCUCCCCCCACCCCUCUCUGGACGCUCUCCCUCCUCCCACCUCCCCCCACCCCUCUCUGGACGCUCUCCCUCCUCCCACCUCCCCCCACCCCUCUCUGGAUGUUCUCCCUCCCACCUCCCCCCACCCCUCUCUGGAUGUUCUCCCUCCUCCCACCUCCCCCCACCCCUCUCUGGAUAUUCUCCCUCCUGCCCCCCACCCCUCUCUGGAUAUUCUCCCUCCUGCCCCCCACCCCUCUCUGGAUGUUCUCCCUCCUGCCCCCCACCCCUCUCUGGAGGCUCUCCCUCCUCCCACUGCCCCCCACCCCUCUCUGGAUAUUCUCCCUCCUGCCCCCCACCCCUCUCUGGAGGCUCUCCCUCCUCCCACUGCCCCCCACCCCUCUCUGGAUAUUCUCCCUCCUGCCCCCCACCCCUCUCUGGAUGUUCUCCCUCCUGCCCCCCACCCCUCUCUGGAUGUUCUCCCUCCUGCCCCCCACCGCUCUCUGGAGGCUCUCCCUCCUGCCCCCCACCGCUCUCUGGAGGCUCUCCCUCCUGCCCCCCACCGCUCUCUGGAGGCUCUCCCUCCUGCCCCCCACCCCUCUCUGGAGGCUCCCCCUCCUCCCACCACCUCGGACAAUGAGUCCAGUGGCUGCGAGGCAGUGGCCGCCACUCCCAACCACGACAGGAACGGCUCCCUGGAGCCCCAUUGUGGCAACAGUCACUAUGAUGACAGGCCGGCCAAGAGGUGCCGGACAGAGGCGGAGCCACCAGAACCCUCCAGAACAUUGACGACCCUCCAGCAAGAGGACAAAUGAUAAUGAUGACCCCUUCUCAGAGAGGUCAAAGCGCACAGAACCAAACCUAAAAAAAAUAACAUGGUUGUAUUCAUUAGUGCACACCGCAGCAAAACGUUUUGCAACAGAAAAAUAAAACUAGAUUUUCUUAUUGGACAAGUUCAGGUAGUCCAUCCCUGUUGGUCAGUUUUUUUUUUCUCGUUUCGGGCCUAGUGAAUACGACCUAUACCAACCAACCAAACACGGCUGGGCCACACCAGCAAACGGAGGGAAGGCAGCGGCCUGAUUGUAAAGGGGCACAACAUACAGCCCUGCCUCAUCCCCCAUCCAGCAAAACCUCGUCCCCCAUCCAGCAUAACCUCCAACGCUCCACACAUCCAAAGUACCACAGUUCCUGAACCCCUCCCUUCCCCCUACCUGCUACCACCUCAUUAUAAUUCAUGCUGAUUCUUCUACUCAAUCUCCUUAUUCACUUUUUUGGAGACCGAUCUCGAAGAUUUCUACGGAAAGAAAAUGUUUUUUCCCCUAUUUGUAUUAGAAUUUAAAAAAUCUCCUGUGGUAUUUUUUUACUUGAAAAAUAUGUAUAUAUUUUUUCAAUAAAUGUACUAUGAUUGAUGGGUAUUUUGCUUUCCAAGACAUUUGAAACAAAGAAAUGAAAGGGGCGAUGUUGAGGGUCUAGGUCUUCGACGGGACGAUCGAUAUGCAGGCAGAUUAGCGCUGUUGCAGGCACACUAAAGCCUAGUUUUUACCUGGCGCUAACAUACAUUCUUUAUUCUGAUCUUGUCCACAUUCAGAUUGUGGCCAGAUUUUCAGAUAUGCAUCUACACAUAGUAUUAAAAUGGGAUAAUGAUUUAAACGUUUUCACUGUCCAGAUCUGUCUACAAUUUAAGAUAUCCAAACACAAUGGGUGCCUGACUCUCUCCGGAGGUGGUCAGGAAGAUCUGAUCACAAUCUGUCUUUUAAUCAUCUACAGCUGUCCAAAAAAUGUUGACACAAUCAGAAUGUGGACAAGAUCACAGCAUACCACCCUGCAUCCCACUGCUGGCUUACCUCUGAAGCUAAGCAGUGUUGGUCCUGGUUGGGAGACCAGAUGCUGCUGGAAGUGGUGUUGGAGGGCACUCUUUCCUCUGGUCUAAAAUAUACCAACGCUCCAGGACAUUGAUUGGGGACAUUGCCCUGUGAAGGGUGCAGUCUUUCGGAUGGGACGUUAAACGGGUGUCUGUGGUCAAUAAAGAUCCCAUGCCAAUUAUCGUAAAAGUAGGGGUGUUAACCCUGGUGUCCUGGCUAAAUUCCCAAUCAAACCCACAUACCAUCAUGGCCACCUAAUCACCCCCAGCUUCCAAUAGGCUCAUUUGUCCCCCUCCUCUCCCCUGUAACUAUUCCCCAGGUCGUUGCUGUAAAUGAGAAUGUGUUCAGUCAACUUACCUGGUAAAAUAAGGGUUAAAAUAAAAAUCUGGACAAAGGACUGAUUGUGAUCUGAGAACCAGGUAUAAACGGGGCUUAUGUUGCGCUUUCACCCUUUCUUUUCUUUCUUUGGUGAUCGAGUGGAGAGAAAGCAACACUGCUGCAUGACAUCAUUGCUUAUUUGAAACCUGUGGUGUGUUCCGUUCGAUUGAAGUUUGCUAUGUUGCGUAACGGUUUUUACUGAACGACACGUUUCCCCAAAAACAUUCCAAUGUUCUUUGAAUGGACUUUGAGGUACGUUUGCUCCGUUUGGUGGGUGUGGCUUGAAGCAAUAGGGGACAUAUUUAACGAGCAGCGGACAUGCUGAUCCCCAACCUCUUGUUUUUUUGUUUUGAGCUGGCCGUUCAGAACAGCACCGUUUCUGUUUAAUUGAAUGUUGCACUGUUGUUUUUUUUCAUACUGAACGUAGCCCUGACCAUGGAAACAUUUUAAUUGCAAGAAAUGAACUAAUGGGGAGUGUCUGUCCCUGAGGUUUGUGUAAAGUGUCUGACAUCAGUGAUGUCUUGUAUUAUAACUCAUUGGUUAGAACGCUGUAUUUUUAAUAGCCAGCGUUUUCCUAUUGUUUCGUUUCUCUUCUUUUUGCUAGACAGUACUUCUGUGACUUUGUGUAAAGUUUGUAAAGAUUUUCUUGUUCACUUCUUACACUUUUUUGAUAAGUCUCUUUAAUCUGUGUAUUUUACCAUCUUUCUUGUGAGCUUUUGUUAAGGGAUUUAUUUCCUCUAGGUGUUCCCGAGUGGAGCUGUCCUGAAAGUAGUCCUAUUUCUCUGCAUUUCCCUGACCCAUUUGGAAAUGUAUUUGCAGCAAAAAUAUGUUUGAUUACUUGAUAAUGAUUCCAUCUAAAAAGAGAGACGCGGUGUAGUGACACUUGGUCUUUUAGGUUGAAAAACGCUUUUUUAUCGAAAUUGGAGACAAUGUGGUAUCAGUAACGUUUCUUGUCACCGGCGAGCUCUCAUUAUUAGGAAUGAAAGAAGUGUAAGCUUCAAUGUGAAGAACCUUCAUAUAAGUUCCAGUGGAGGCUUAGUAACAACGCAUCGGUUUGACAAUUGUGUUACUGUAGCUUUUUCUCAUUUUUUUUUAUGUCUCAACGUUUUACUUUUGUAAGCUACUCCUGCUUUGUAAGCUACUCCUGCUUUGGUCUACAUUCACAAAUGGUUUGUAAAACUAAAAAGCUGUUUUUUUUAGUUCUUUAAAAGCACAGCCUCAAAUAAUGUUGAUUUCAAGUCUAUUUGUAUUAUUUUAUUAUGUGAUGUAAGUAGUCAUCUGAAAAUGACAACAUUUAAUAAAAGUGAAGCGUAUACCAAGA